UCACGCAUAUGGCAACGCACAUAAACAAUAACACUGCAUUGCAUAUUUGCAGCUUUUCACUUUUCUUUCCACGCAUGGGUGCCCUUGUACCUCGUGCAAUCGAUGGAGAAACAAUUCCUAGUGAAAGAGACCGCACCAUCACUUGACCUUUAUGUAAGUGCGUUUCACGCGAAAGUUUAAAACUAGCAAUUGAAUUGGAAAAAAAUUGUCUUCUGUUCUGAAGUCGGAAGAUCGAAGACGACGAGCCUGUCCCUGUUCGCCACCGACCGCCACGCCAGUUCGCCCGGUACGGCACGAGCACCUGUGCUGUGGCUGCAUCCUGCCCUUGAGUUGUUGCCCUGGCCCUGCCCUUCUCCCUGGACCCUGAGCCUGUUUAGUAGCCGCUCAGUCAGAAGAAAUGAGUGAUUAUCUUGUCAGCUUUUGAUCUUUCACAGUUUCAGCUCAGAACAUUUUAAAGUUGACUAGGCCUAAGUAAGACUUUCAGCCAGGUUUUAUUGGAAGAAUUGUCCAGGUCUGGGGCCAGUCACCAUGGCUCCAAUACACCUAGUUCAAACCUUUGCAUCUCAAACGAUGUUUGGGGAUAUCGAUGCCAAAAAUGUGACUUUCAUCAUCGAUACUUCAGGAAGCAUGUACCCCUACCUUCCUGCCGUCAAAGAUCACCUGAAUGAGGUCCUCUUAGCGAGGGCGCAUCGAGAGAAAGACUCCAUGUUCAAUGUGAUCGAGUUUGCAUCGUCCGUGACACCAUGGGCUGAUCGGAUGGUACGCUGCACACCACCGACGGUCAAGGUUGCCAGUGAGUGGGUCAAUAAGCUUUCCUGCUCCGAUGGCACGAACACUCUGGAUGCCCUCACAGUGGCAUUCUCUGACCCUGUUUGUGAGGCUGUUUACCUUGUCUCGGAUGGACUUCCUGACCAGCAGCCGAGGGAGAUCCAAAAGCAAGUUGCACUGGUCAGCGAAGGCCGCCCAAUUCAUGCCAUCUACCUCACUGGACUGCACACGGAAGUAGCCGCACAGGAGUUCCUUGAGAGCCUGGCAGCUCAAACCCUUGGUACUUUCCAUGUCAUCAGCAUGACCAGACAUGGUGCCAUUGAGCGAGUCGAAGCGGUUGUGACGUCAGACCAUAGUCCCCUCAGAAUACAGAAGGCCAUGUAUAGGAAGCAGCGGGAAACAGAUAUACCUUUGACGACCCUCGAUAACCCACCAAUCGCAGAAGAAACAACGUAUUCCGUUCAAGGUGGAGUUCCAGCCACAAGCAUCAAAACAACUCUAGAUAACCCUCCACAAAGUGCCACAAUAACUUAUAAAACUGAAGAUAUUGAGAAACCGGUAAAGUACUGCAGCGUGACAACCUCUUUGGACCACAAUCCUGUUCCAGAAACAGUUAUCGUCAGGGAGUCUUUGGCACCGAGAACUGUUGUUCAGAUCCCUGCAGCAACCGCAUGGGAGACCGUCAGAACUGAGCCUGCAGUAAAUCGGAUCAUCUCAGUCCCACCUAUAAGCUCUGUUGAACUGUUGGAGGGGAUGAAGGUUUUAGCAAGAAGAGAGAAAGAUGGCUAUUACUGUCCUGGUACAAUCAGAGAAAGGCUAUCGGCAAUGCGCUCCUUCUUGGUGUUCUUUGACAAGGAUCCCUCGGGAGGGAAAUGUCAGCGUCUCCUGCAGGAGACUUCAAUCUAUGAUAUCAAGGCGUACAACGAUGCCAUGCGGCACCCAGUCGUUCCUGGAGACAAGGUCUUGGCUCCGUGGGAGAAAGCAGGAUACCGCUUUGCUCCUGGUAUAGUUCUUGACGGCAUAGAGGGACGGUCCACCGGAUGUAAUGCCGAUUCGAGUAAUCUGGUAGUAAGUUUCUUCAGUGGUAAGACUGCCAAGGUACCAAAACAAACAGCAAUUUGGAUACCCCACAGCGAAUACGAGCGACACCGAAUCGAAAUCCAAAUGCCGCUAACGGCCCGGCACUACGUCGUCAACGACCCAAGCUAUGAGCGCUCCAUCAGCGGUUACACCGUACCCAGCACGCUUCAUGAAGAUGGAGCUAUGGUUGGGUUACCGGUCCUUCAGAAGGGGCGUGUCUACGUCCCCAUGGUGAUGACAGCGUCUGAGGUUCGGGACUAUGGGAGGACUGGUGGCAGCGUCCGGGAGAGCGCGGUGAAAAGCGAGGACAUGCAUGCGCUGAUCCCUGGGACGGGAAUGACCCGGCAGGAGCUGAACGUCAAGGUCAUGAAGCAGCUCAUGGACAAUAAGAUGAUGGGGAGUGGCAUCCUUAAAGAGGGGGGCGACGCCCACGCCAGCGCCAAGUCCCCGAAGACCUCAACCCUGCAGAAGAGUGUGUCUUUCAACGAUGACAGCUUUGGGUUGGACAGCGGGAUCAGCUCCAUCAAGACUGAACAGGAUUUGGAAGAGUUUAAAACGGAAGAGGAGAAACUGGAGAGGGAGGUGGAGGAAAUGAAGCAGAAGAUUGAAGAAUCAAAACGAGAGAUUUCUUCCUUGAUAGAUGCAGGGAUUCAGACAAUGUCCCUCAGAGACACAUCCGUGGGAACAGACUCCUCGCUGCUCUACCGUAAAGGGAUGCGACGACCGAAGUCCGCCAAGGCUGAGGUUGGCUCCAGACCGCAGUGGAAGUAUUGGAGGCGAAUGCAGCAGCCUCGAAGCACGCAUCAGGAGCUGGUCGGUCCAUUCCGAGACAUGACGUUGGAAGCAUCUAAGGAUGCUAAGCUACACUCAUCUCCUCAGUCGUCGUAUGUCUUUGAAGAUAAAGAUGUCUACGCUCCCGUGAAUAAAUCAUCCAUGUUUACACCGGUUGAUGAUGACCACUCACCUGUCCGGACCGACCGCGCCCAGGUGGAGUGGGAGAUGCGGAGGCCACGCCCUCGCACAGCUCACGUUGGCCCCUUCCGUGAUACCGCCCUCGAGGCUCCGAUGGAAGCCAAGCUGCAGCCGGCAUACCAUGAAGAUCAGGGUCACUUCAAUAGAUCAGCAGUCUUUACUCCGGUGAACCACUCCCAGGUGCGGAGCGACAGGGCCAUGAUUGAAUGGGAGAAUAAACAGCCCCGCCCCCCACCACCCCAGGCCCAGCGACAGAAACCGGGAAAAACUGUUGCCGAUGCUGUCGGAACAAGGGACCAGAUACGGGAAGCAAAAGAGAAGAGUUAUAUCGAGUUCCGACGGAUGCAGACUGUCAAAAGAGAGUAUACCUGGUAUAUGAAAGGCCAACAAGAAAAUAAAAUGAGGGAAGCCAGGGAUGAACGAUGCAGUACUCACACAUGUAGCUUUGAAAAAUCCUUGACAAUAAACACGGAAGCAAGCAUGUACCAACAGUACGCAGCUGACGUGACCCGGCGCGAUGUCCAACGUCAAAUGGACAGUGAGGCCAAGAUGGAGCAGGUUCAAGCCGCAAAGAGUGCAGUUAGUGGGACUAUUUCGAAACGUCAGAAGGAGUUGGCGGUACAGAACGACUCGCGAGAGCAGAAGAGGAUCGAUGCAUUGAGGGCCAGGAACGAGAAGAGAAUGGACGUUCAGAGACAAAAAGACCAAGAUUUACGGGAUGCGAUUCGGCAUAAAGAGGAGGUUAGACUUCAGCGACAGGAAGAGCGUUCCCAGCAGCACGUUGAGCGACUGUGCGAGCGCCGCGAGCAGGAGGCCGCACGAGACCUGCAGAUGCGCAACAAAGAGUUGAGCAGGAGGUCGCACUUUCGCAACAUCGAGCGGCAGAACCAAGAGCGCAAGGAUAUCAGGAUCGCCAUGAAGGAGCAACGCAACGAGGAAUUCCGCUCGCAGGUUCUACCGUAAGGAAUUACCAUUGCACAAUAAAACGUAAUAUUCAAUGUUUAUAUCAAGUUGGGUAGCCUGGUUGUGCAAAGAUCUAAAGCCCCCAUCACACUUAUUAGGAAUCAGCAGGAAUCAAGCAGAAGCUGGAACGAAAAAAUAUUUUAAACAUCUAGAAAUUUUUGGGAGGAACUUUAAUAUGAAUUCACCAAACUGGAGUUGAAAUUCAGUAUAUUGACCAGGUGAAUCAUCAUAUACUAGUAAAAAUGAACCGCAAUGGAGUCAGAUUGAUAAUUCGUGCUACAUUCUUGGACAUUCUCGGCGCAUUCUAAAUAUUCUGACUGCAUUCUGAGUGCAUUCGAAAUAUUUUUGUCAUUUCUUUUGGCUGUCCCGAAGAUUUUGGUCAUGUUCAAAACAUUUGAGGGGUAUUUUCGAACGGUGUUCGAAGUAGAUUUAAAUGACCAACUGGUGGUCGAACAAUAGUCCUUUCAUUCCGGCCAAUUCUGCUUAAUUCGGAAUAAGUGCGAUGGAGGCUUUAAUAAAUGACCAUGGCCUGCAGGCCAUCUUUUCCGAACUCGCCCUGAAAACCAAUUACAAAUUUGAAUCCUGACCAAAUCUUGAAACAUUUUGCAGAUGCCAUUUUCUUGUAAAUGCAUAAGGAAAUGUAUAUUUCAGCAAAUUAACGUUGACAACUCCUUUGAGAUGAAAAUUAUGUGGACAUAGUUGCUGCCUUUCAUGAAAUCUAAGCGAUGAAUCAAAUUUGUUUUUAUGGAUAAGGUGUGAUUGUGCCAAGAAAAAUACUUAUGUUUUGAGUAUCUUGUUUGUGUUUGAUUCAUAAUCCAUUUGACUUCAUGCCUGUUGUCAUUCAAAAUUUGAAGUAUAAAUGAAACAUAUUCUGCUAAGAUCCACAUUGUGUGAAAAUCCUACAUUUUUAAAAUAUAUUUUUUUUAUAAUACUAACAGUGGGUGUCAUUCUGGGGAGUGUUUCAUGAAGGACUUGUCAGACGUUUUAUCCGACUGUUGUAAAAUUGCAACAGAAUAUUUGCAAUUGAUUGCAAAUAUUUUCUUGCAAAACUCAUGGGGGGCGUUUUCAUGAAAUUUGUCAGCACUGACUAAACUGUCAGUGCUGACAAUUUCACUGAAAUCUUUGGGUUUGAUUGGCUGAAAGGCACUAGCCUCUGACUAUUACUAUAGACAUUGUCGAAGAAAGUCAGUUUGUCAGUGCUGACAACAUUCAUGAAACGGUCCCCUGAAGAAAUACAAAUUGAAAUCGAUUUAAAUUUAAGUCUGAUUUUAAUGUACCACAAUUCUUUCUUAGACUGGGUCCUGGUAACAUGUCAUAAAAAUUGUAAAUAAACAAUUAUCACUGUUCCAGUCUACUUAAAUUGAGAUACUUCAUUGGCUGAUACCGAAAUUGUCAUAGAAAUUUGAUGAAACAAAAUAUGUGUCAGCAAGGAAUGAGGAAUCAUCCAAAAGCAAACUCAGGACACGCUAUCAUUCCAUAUUUCAGGUUAAAACGAUCACCUUGAUUUUAUAUCCCUCUUUCAUUUCCAUCCUUUUCUAUACAAGCUUUAAAAGUUAAGAAGGUAUGCGUAGUUGCAGGUUCAAAAGUAUUUCUUGUACUAGGACAGUGUACAUGUGCAUCUGUGAUUCUUUCAUAUAAUUAAAAAGAGAAAGAUAAAUAUAACUACAUGUAGUUGUAGGCACAAUCCAAUUUUUAUUACAUGAGUGAUUGAUUGAUUCUUAUGCAUAUAAGUGUGUUUAAAGAAUGUAUGCAUGGAUUUAUGUCUGCACAUGUACAUUUGUAUAUUAGUUGCUUUGAUAGUGAAGCCAAAACUAAUCUGUUUCACCCAGUGGAAUUGUAGACUGUACUUUUGUACACUGCGAACUCUUUGCCCCCCCCCCCCUGUGGCGCCGCCCUUACAUGUAUUUCAAGACGGUGGAAUCAUUAUAAACAUCUAAAUCCCGUUUUAUAAAACAGUUUACCGGCUAUGGUAUCAUUACAUAUACCAUUGGAUCAUUGAUUUUGGUUAGCUACUGAACUCUUCAACAAUUACAAAUUUACUGUAUUGUAUUCCUUUUAUGUAAUGAGACCCUAAGUCUUUUUUAUGUAUUUAACUGUCAACUAUUUAAAAAUAUUUUACCUCCAGUAUAGUACUCUACUGAUUGGACAAUGCUUGUGUUAUAUUUUUAUUGAUUUUAUGACUUUUAAUAUCUUUGAGUUAUUAAAGUAAUUAGUUUUGAUUUGUACCAGGGCAAGGUUUUUGCUCAUUCUUAUAGAUCUUCAAGCUUUCCAAGUCUAUAAAAUUUUGUUUUUAUGUUAAAGUUAAUCAUCAAUAUAUAAACUACAUAGAGCUUUCAUAACGUUAAUUAUCUUCUAUAAUUAGCAAAGACUUAAUAAUGACAAUUGACAUGAAUUAGAUAUGUUUCAUAUCUAUUUUAGUUUUGAUGAUGAAAUGAUUUUAUGAAAUAUUUUAAUGAAAUAUUUGCAGAUUCAUUGUAUAUACAUGUACAAAGAAUAUUUGUCUUCAAAAGCUUUAGAAUUAUGCAUAUGUAUAUAAUAGAAACUAAUAUUUUGAUUAACAUUUUAAUAGACCUACGUGUAUAAACUAUUUUACAUGUAUGUAUAGAGAAUAAAUAAGUACUGAUAAGAGAAUAACAUAAAUGUUUUUAUUUCUUAUAGAUAAUAAUCAUGCUAAGAAGUUUAUAUGCAAGAAAUAUGGUAUUAUGAUCCUACUCCAUAUACUAGUAGAUUGGCAUUUGUUUGAAAAAAAUUGACCUAAGGAAUGGAAAAUAAAUUUGAGAGAUUUAAUCUCUAGGUAAAUGUGAUACAUGUAUCAACUAUGAUAUCUUAAGGAAGGAGAAAAGUUAUUAAGCAUGGACUCUCUGCUAACAUUUGAAAUGAUCUGUGUACAAAUGAUCAUGAGUGUGACAAUUUUUCAAACAUUGACUUGGCGUUUUUUUUUUUAUAAUCUAUACAUGUAAUGUAUAGAAUGGUUAUUGAAUAUGAUUGAUUAGUUUUAUUUAUUGAAAUGUGUAAUAAAAAGAUAAACUGCAUAUCUAAUCUUUAAAAAAGUCUAUAUUAUGUUUAAUAUAAUCGAUAUUGUAAGGCACAUUUUUUUGUGAUGAGAUUAGAAUGGCUAUUGAAUAUGAUUGAUAAGUUAACAUCAAUGUACUGAUAUGUGAUAAGAUACAUGUACGUAUGUAGAUACACUGCCUAUAAAGCUCUAUAAAAAGUCUAUAAUAUUGGUCAACUAGUAGCAUAAUCAUGUACUGUAAAUAGUAAAUAGUUUACUUGAGUAAACUUGAGUGUAAACAUGGACCAGCAAGUAAAUUUGUUUGAUACAGUAUGUGUUGAUAUGUGAUGUAAACAAAAAUAGGAAUUAGAUUCAGAUAGAUAUACGUUUUGUUUCCUAGUACUGUAUGUUGGAUUAAAUGCUGAAUUGUGCAUUCGUUUACAUUGAGUUCUUUUCUUGUGUUGUCCUUACAUUUUCUACACCUCCUUUAAUUAAAUCUUUGAAAUGACAAAAAAUAAAAAAAAACAAUUCAAAGUACACAUCAUUUUGUUGAGAAAGGUUUGCAUUUAAUCCCAAUGCAAUACAAUAAUAAUCAAAAUUGAAUAUAAAAAAUAUAUGGUUGAAUUCUCACAGAAUAAUUUCACAGGAUCAUAAUAAAUUUUUACAAAUCUCAUAAAUAUUGAACAUUGAAUCAUUGGAUACAAACCGUCUGAGUAUAAAUACACUUUACAUGUAAAUAACGGUGGUCUCUAGUUAUAAAACAUACAAAAAUAAUACAAUGAACCCCCCCCCCAUAGAGACAAAGAAGUUGGUCUUCAAAGGAACGGUUUUGAAAUGUUAUUUUCGGUGAUGGGACACCAUAUUAACAAUUAUAAGGUCUUUAAAGACGAGCUGCAGCUAACGCAAACCAGAAUGUAAUCAAUAGUUUAUUUUCCAUAUUUUCUAGUUGGAUAAAUAAGAAAAAGUGAGUUUUCAUCAAAUGUUAAACAAACUAGCUCUUUGACCCAAGUGACUAUGAUUGGACAAAUGCAUUUCCAAUUUAGCUAAUAACCAAUACAUGUAUCAUUAAACAUGUUAAAGGCACAAAUACAUGUACAUCAAAAUCGAAUACUAUCAAUUUCCAUUCUCUUUUCCCUACGACGUUAGGAAUAAAAUCAUUAAAUAAAAGUACUGAUCUAAAUUGUACAUUACCAUUAUCAAAUAGAUUAUGUUAUUAUAAAUAUAUACAGUACUCUAAUUUUCACUAGCACUUCAUUGUACAUGCAGGUCUGAAGGCACACAAGUUCAAGAGUUGCUAUAAAUUGUUAGUCUUUGUUCAAGGCAUAUAUAUUUAUAUGUACUACUAUGUUUGUAUAACUUAAAUUAUUAUUGACUCUUAUUAAUAAUGUAUAUCAUCAAAAGCACUAAUUGUAACAAAAACUUAAUUCACGUUUUAAAUGCGCCAUGAGAAUGACUAGGGGAUACAAACCUUGUUUAAGGAAAAAGAUCAGUUUGUGUAAUAAAAAAUACAGAAAUUGUGGAAAAAAUACAGCUUUUGUAGAAAUUUAAUGUUUGAUCAAACUUCUGGUCCUAAUAUAUUAACUAUACUCUGAAUCCUGUUUUACCACAAGAGUAUUACCUGUUGCUACACAUGUACUUGGUAGAGCCUCAGGCAAGCUUUUGGAAUGUCAAGAACUGCCAUUUUCUAUGUCCAUGUUUAU